ACUUCACCCGAACAACAAGAUCUGAUUUCUCUGAGGACGAAGGAACCAACGUUUUACAGAUCUAAACUCCAUGGCGGCACCCGAUCACUUGUUCAAUCUUCGUAACCACUUCUACUUGGGCGCCUUUCAGUCCGCCAUCAACAACAGCGACAUCCCAAACCUCCCCCAAGAGGACGCCGUGGAGCGCGACUGCCUCGUCUAUCGCUCGUACAUUGCUCUCGGCAGCUACCAGCUUGUGGUCAAUGAGAUCGAUGACUCUGCCGCUACGCCUCUCCAAGCUGUGAAGUUGCUUGCUCUGUAUCUCUCAAAUCCUGACAAUAAGGAAUCAACAAUUUCAAGUUUAAAGGAGUGGUUGGCAGAUCCAGCCAUUGGAAACAACUCCACUUUGCGAUUGAUUGCUGGGAUCAUAUUCAUGCAUGAGGAAGAUUAUAAUGAGGCUCUCAAGCACACAAAUGCUGGGGGGACUAUGGAGCUACAUGCAUUGAAUGUCCAAAUAUUCCUUAAGAUGCACAGAUCUGAUUAUGCAGAGAGACAGCUGCGUGUUAUGCAACAGACUGAUGAGGAUCACACACUAACUCAACUUGCAAGUGCAUGGUUGAAUUUGGCAGUGGGUGGUUCCAAGAUACAGGAAGCAUAUCUUAUCUUUCAAGAUCUCUCUGAAAAGUACCCAAUGACAGGGUUGAUCUUGAAUGGAAAGGCUGUUUGCUGCAUGCACAUGGGGAACUUCGAUGAAGCUGAGACACUGUUGCUUGAAGCGCUCAACAAGGAUGCAAAAGAUCCAGAAACUUUAGCCAAUCUGAUUGUAUGCAGCCUUCACCUCGGUAAAUCAUCUUCACGUUACCUCAGCCAGUUGAAACUUUCAUAUCCACACCACAUUCUUGUUAAGCGUGCGACUUCUGCGGAAGAUAACUUUGAAAGAGCCAUUCAAUCUGUUGCUUGAAGACCAGGUUGAGUCGAGUUGGGUUGGGUCGGCUACAGCAUGUAUCAUUUCGAGGUGGUCGGUGCUUGAUAAAUGGUACUUUUCACCUUGAAAACGACUGUUUUGUAACCUACAAGAAGAAUAUAUGAUGAUAUGAUUGAUCGGAAAAUUUGUGGUUUUGUUAGCAUUAAUAGAGUUGGAAAGUUUGAUGAUAGUUUGGGUUUUGGGUCAUCUUCUUGUUGGAUAACUCCAUAUGUUAAAUAUUUCAAGCAAAGUCAUUUAUUAUGAUGGUC